UAUAUUAAUGUCACGCGUUAUUGCUUGUCUCUAAAAAGGGUGUGCUUCUCCUUCAAACUUCGCAACUGAUUUUCCUCCAAAUUUUCCUCCCAAAUUUCCUUCCCACCAUAGAAUUUCGAGUUCUUUGUUUCGGAAUUGGUGUUUUUUUGUUUUUGCCACUCAAUGCCAACUGUUUUCUUGAGGAUUUUCUUACUAUACAAUCUUGUUUUAGACUAUUUGGUUCCUAAGAAACUCAAAUCCUUCCUGCCCUCUCCCUGGAUUAAUCCUUCCCACACCACCGCCCUUGUUUCUGCCGGUGGUGAAACCAAAACAUACGCCUCUAAUCCAUCUCCGGCACCGGCAUUGGCAUCGGCAUCACCUCUCAAAAGAAUGGAAGGGGCAGAGUUAAAAAGGGUAUUCCAAAUGUUUGACAAGAAUGGAGAUGGGAGGAUUACAAAGGAAGAGUUGAAUGACUCAUUGGAGAACAUGGGUAUCUUUAUCACUGAUGGAGAGUUAACCCAAAUGAUUGAAAAGAUCGAUGCCAAUGGCGAUAACUGUGUUGAUAUUGAUGAGUUUGGUGAGUUGUACCAAUCCAUUAUGGAUGAUAAGGAUGGAGAGGAAGAUAUGAAAGAUGCUUUCGAUGUUUUUGAUCAAAAUGGAGAUGGUUACAUUUCUGUUGAUGAGUUGAGGUCUGUUUUGGUUUCACUUGGGCUUAAACAAGGGAAAACUGUCGAGGAUUGCAAGAGGAUGAUAAAAAAGGUUGAUGUGGAUGGUGAUGGUAGGGUUAAUUUCAUGGAAUUCAAACAAAUGAUGAAAGGAGGUGAUUUUAGUGCCCUGACUUAAUUUGCAAGGCAAGGUUCUAUUAAGGGUUUGUAGAUCAUUUUGAACAAAUCAAGACGAUCUCCAGCUUCGCCUUGUGGCUGCAUUGCAUUAGUUUAACAUAGUGUGUAUGUGUAUGCACGCGUACGUGUGGAUACUACUAAUCAAUCGCUGCCAAUUGCCACACGUAUGUCACGGCAUGAAAAUCAAUGGUAUCACUAACUUGGAGAAGUGAGAGGGAAAGAGGGUGCAAUGGGGGAGUUGGGAACAAUUUUUAUCACCAAAGAUGAAAAACAACAGUUUGUGUUUUUGUUGUUGGGUUUUUCCAUUUUGUUUGAUUUUUCCAGGCUUGUAAGAUUGGUUUGGGAUAGGUGGUGUUAUUGUUUCAGUCUCUGAUAUUUCCCCAUUGUCAUCAUUUUCUUAAUGUGUGUCAAUCUUUUUUCUCUUCUUUCCCAGUGUAUACUGAUAUAUGAUUUGUUUGCUUAAAUGAUCAGGAGAAGAAAUUUUUGUUA